AUGUCUACCUCGCCCGCCGCCAACCACCAGGCCUCUGAUGAUCCCGCAGACGCCGACACACUCACGUGCAAAGCAUGCAGCCGCACGCUCGCCACCAUUUCCGCAGAAGGCGAUUUAAUCCCUCAUGGCAAGUUGGAUGAAGGGUGCACCUUAUGCAAAGACAUGGUAAUGCACUACAAUGAGUACAAACACGUGCAGGGGUUGUUCAAAGAGCUCGAAACCCGAAGGGACAAUUACGGCCCGCGCCAGCUAGCGCUCGAGGCGGUGCACGAAGCGCAGAUGAAAUGGGGUAACUUCAUUCAGUCUGUGGCGGCUUGGGAUCAUUCCGAGAGCGAAGAAGAAGGUCUGCCUGAAGAGCAGGCUGAAGAGCAGCCCGAAAAGCAAACCCACGCCGAGACAGCGGAGGAUGCAAAUGCGCAACCACCCCACCGCAAGCGCUCGUUGUCGCCACAAUCUUCGCCUGGACCGCGCAAGCUAAAGAGGCCGCGCUUGUCUGGCCACUCCCGCCGCGUGAGCUUCGAUCCAUCUGUUGUUUUCCGGGAUGCCGAGGCGCGGGAGAAGCGCAUCGACGCUGAGUUUAGUAGAAACAGCGACGGGUAUUGGCCGGGGAGGUACGCGGCCCCGGAGGGAAGAGAAUUGCUCGACACGAGCGGAAGCAGCAUGACAGAGACAAAAUUCUUUGGGGUCCAGAAGAGGGGAAAGGGUUGGGUGCCGACGAAGGAGGGGCUGGAGAUGGACGCGGAGUGGGAAACAGAUGGUAGGGAUGAGGAUGCUCCGGUCGCAAGGGAGGGCGAAAGCGACGGCGUGGCAAAGACCGAGACCAAGGAGAUCGAAGGAGCUCUAGCGCAGCGACAUGAGUCACUCACAGAGGGGAGCGUACGGCAAGAGCAAAGCAGAGACAUUGAAAUGUCGAACAACAAUGGGUCCGCCGAUCCCAAUCUCAGCGCCCAGAAACCCGUACCAGAUCUGGACUUUUCGUCAGGAGGUGCAACGAACGUCGACGAGGAUCUGCCGACCGACGAGCGGCAAUCACGAGCAUCGAUAUUUGGCCCGUUUCCAGCGAAAGAGGGACCUAGGACUGACAGUGAGGAGUUGCUCAAGGUCACAACGACUCCGGCGGAUUGA